UGCUCGCGACGGCAGUUCGUUUAGAGUUCACUGAACCGUAUUUAGAGGGAUUAUGUCAAAGAUGUUUUUGCUGUUAGCUACCUGGGGAAUAAGGAACUAGGACACCUAGCCUCCUGUAGUCCUCCUGUCGAAAGCAUGCCAAUAUUAAACAGAAAUGUCUACCAAAUGAUUGUUGUAAGGUUGCAUUCAAAAGCCCAGAGACUCCAGGCCCUUCAUACUUUGUAAACUAAAGAUACCGAGUUUAAAAUGUUAUAAACAAGGAAACACAACCACAGCUAAACAGGCAGGUUGUCCUAGAAAUGAUGUAGGCCUACUUUUGCAUGGAUCUAUUUAGUAUACCGACAACAGAAAAUGAAAUCUAAAGAAAAGUGUUGGUGAUAAUUAUUUUUGAUAAAACAACUGAUUUGAGUCAUCUAUUACCUGUUUAUAUGCACUGUUUCUGGGUGCUAGCACUAUUUGCCAUACUUUCAAAGAGCUAUUCAUCUUCUGAUUCAGGCACAUUAGCUAUAAAUUCGUUGUUGAUGUACAUUAUUCAUUUAAUAAGAAAAAAGCAUGGUUAAAUGUAACACUAGAAAAUGUCUUCGGAUGUUUAAAUGUAUACUAAUGUUGAACAUCAUUAUGAGUUGUAUCAAUUGCACAACAGUAACCUGCUUGGAAGCAUUCGAGGAUGGAUAAGAAGGUACUUUUGACAAAUAAAAUGACAAACAAGGUGCAAAUUGAUAUGCACUAAAAGCAAUUGAAAGCAAAAUACUAUAGGUGGACCACUUAAUGAUGAUUUUACUGACCACCUUUAUAUUAUUUGUUUGAGUUUUGAAAUAAACUAAUAAACACAAACUGAGAUACGAUAAUUAUUCUAUGUUAAUAAUUUGAAACAAUUUGAAACUUCAGCCAACACCUACAUCUCAUCGAACCAUGUGUGCUGUCACUCUUUUGAGUAUAUUUUAUAAACCCAUGAAUAAAUGAAUUUGUAUUUAGUAUAAUAUUUCUCUGAACUGACACACUUUUUUUCCAUUUCUCCUUCUCCCUGCUUCUAACCUGGUCUCGGAUUGUCGCCAAAAAUCUUCAACAUUGACAUGUUUGGCUACCAUGACAACAGAGGCAAGUGCAGUGAGCGAGGCGGACACUGAGGGCAAGCAGAAGGCAAGUGGCGCCGAGCCCGAACCAGAACCAGAACCAGAAAACAAACAGAAGCUGGAGGCGGCCACGUCCGAGCCGGAGGGGGAGCAGUCGAGUAAGGAGGCCCUGGAGCAGGCCUCCGAGCCUGGGCCUGCUGACGUAGCUACCUCCCCCGAGGAGGAGCAGCUGAAGCCCCGCACCCGGACCUCCGCUGGCAAGGGCCUGUCUCGCCUCUUCUCCUCUUUCCUCAAGCGCCGUUCACAGUGCUCUGAGGGAGAGGGGUUUGAGGCGGAGAAAGCCAAGGAGGAUAAGGCAGACAAAGAGGACGCAUCUGAUGAGGUAAACGAGGAGAAGGAAGAAGAGGUGAAAAGUGAGGAGAACGAGGCUAAAGCUGAGGAGAAAGAAGCAGAGGUAAAAGAAGUGGAAAAGAAGGAAGAAAAAGAACCAAAAGAGGAGAAAGAAAAAGAAAAGGUUGAAAAGAAGGGCAGUAAAAAGAAAAAGAAAGAGGCCAAGAAGAAACAAGAAAAAAAAGAUGGGCUGAAAAGUGAAGAGGAGAAAGUGAAAAGUGACAAGGAGAAAAAAGAAGAGGCAAAGGUGAAAAAGGAAGAGGAGGAAGCAGAGCCGACUGUAGAAAAUAAAGAGGGAACAUUGGAGACAAAAGAAGAAGACAAAAAGGAAAGCGCUGAAGUUAAAGACAAGGAGGAAGAAGCCACAAAGAAAGAAAGUAAGGAGGAGGAAAAAGUGGACAAAAAUGUGGUAAAGAAAAAAGAAAAGGAUGAUAAGGUAAAGAAAAAGGAAGAGGAAAAAGCUAAGAGGAAAGCAGAAGAAGAAGACAGGGUAAAGAAGAGAGAAGAAGAAAAGGCAAAGAAGAGAGAGGAAGAAAAGGCAAGAGAGGCCGAAAAAACUAAAAAUAAAGAAGAGGAGAAAGCAAAGAAAAAGGAAGAGGAGACUAAAAAGAAAGAAGAGGAGACUAAAAAGAAAGAAGAGGAGACUAAAAAGAAAGAAGAGGAGACUAAAAAGAAAGAAGAGGAGAAAGCCAGAGAAGAGAAGAAUAAAAAGGAGGAGGAGAAACCAAAAGAGGAGGUCAAGGUGAAAGAGGAGGUCAAGGUGAAAGACAAGGAGGAGGAAAAGACAGGAGAGAAGCAAAAAAAAGAGGAGGUAAAGGGGAAGAAAAAGAAAAAAGGAAAGAAGGAGGUGAAAGGGCCGAGUGAGGAGCAGGUCAAAGCUCCCAUCGCAGCUCCAGAGCCCGAGCUAAAAACUGAGCCCGACACUGAACAGGCUCCAGAUCAGCACUCGAUAAGCAGCGCAGAGAACCAGCAGGAGCAAAAGGAAGAAGCUGCCAUAAAGAAGGAGCCUGAAGUUGUGGAGGAAGUGAAGGAGGAGGACACGGAGAAAAAAGAGGAAGAACCCGCAGAACAGGAGAUAGAAGCCAAAGGAGAGGAGAAGCCGAAGGAGAAGGAAAAGCCGAAGGAAAAGACAAGGGAGAAGAUAAAGGAAAAGGCAAAGGAGAAGACAAAGGUGGAGGAGAAGAAGGAGAAGCCUGUAAAAGAGAAGAAGACAAAGGAAGAAGAGGCUCAAGGCCCCAAACGUCUGAAAACCAUGCAAUGCAAAGUCACCUUACUGGACGACACUCAGUUUGAGUGCGAGCUUGAUAAACAUGCUAAAGCCCAAGAACUUCUUACAAAGGUGUGCGACCAUGUCAACCUGCUGGAGAGGGACUACUUUGGCCUCGCCAACUGGGAAAACCCAUCCACCUGUACAUGGAUGGAGUCUACCAAAGAGAUCCGGAAACAGGUUCCAGGCGCUGUGUAUGAGUUUACAUUCAGCGUCAAGUUCUACCCUCAUGAUCCAGCCCAGCUUACCGAAGACCUCACCAGGUACUUUCUGUGUGUCCAGCUGAGGAAGGACAUCAUGCGAGCUGUUCUUCCCUGUUCCUUUGUCACACUGUCCAUGCUGGGCUCCUACACAGCCCAGUCAGAGCUCGGAGAGUAUGACCCAGAGCUCCAUGGAGAGAAUUAUGUAAGUGAUCUGAGCCUGGCCCCCGGACAGAGCAAAGAGCUGGAGGAUAAGGUGAUGGAGCUGCACCGCACAUACAGGGCAAUGACCCCAGCCCAGGCAGACUUGAUGUUUCUGGAAAAUGCCAAGAAACUCGCCAUGUACGGAGUUGACCUGCAUCAAGCUAAGGAUCUCGAUGGCGUCGACAUCACGCUCGGGGUUUGCUCUAGUGGUCUGAUGGUGUACAAGGACAAGCUGAGGAUUAACCGUUUCCCUUGGCCCAAAGUUCUCAAGAUCUCUUACAAACGCAGCAGCUUCUUCAUUAAAAUCAGGCCAUCAGAGCAAGAGCAGUAUGAAAGCACAAUUGGCUUUAAACUGCCCAACUACAAAGCCUCAAAGAAGCUGUGGAAAGUUUGCGUUGAAAACCAUACCUUCUUCAGAGUGCCAACUGUGGAGCCGCCCGCAUCGCGCCGCUUCCUCGUCUUGGGCUCUAAGUUCCGGUACAGCGGGCGCACCCAGGCCCAGACCCGCCAGGCCAGCUCCUUGAUCGACCGCCCAGCCCCUCGCUUCACACGCUCGGCGAGCAAGAGGCUCUCCCGCAACCUGGAUGGAGCUGGAGAUGAAACUCUCCAGCUCCUGCAACACCUCUCAGCUUCCACCAGGUCUGAUGUGGAUGAUUGGUUGCUGAUGCUGACAUCUGACAAACCCCAGCCUUCUCCUGAACUCCCAGCCAGGGGGGAGUCUGAGCAGAUUCCCAUUCAGGAGCAGGAGCAGUCUGUUCACACAGUCUCAUGGCAGGACACUGGGACUGGGCAGACUGGCUCUCAGACCAUCACCCAGACAGUCAGUCAGCCAGGGCAGGAGCUGACAUCUGACAAGCAACAGCAGAGGGGAAAAGAGGACGAGUGGUCUGCCCUGCUCGGGCGAUAUCCUCCUUUUCCCUUUGUCUCACCUCUUGAUUUAGCAAAACAGCCAGUCUCACGCCAAGCUCAGUUCCAGCUCCUGGAGGAGGAGGAGCAGGGCUUGCGAAUGGCGGAUCAAGAUCUGACCAGUGAGGAGGUCUUUGAGAGUCUGCGGGAAACCGAGAUCUUGUUAGACGAGCUGAAAAUGGCAGAUGUUUUGGAAUGGAAGCUGAGGGAAGUUAGGGGUUUAGAGGAAAGACUGCAAGAAAUGGAUGAGGUGGCAGAGCGACUUCAGGAAGUAAUAGAAGAGGAACUGGGAAAGGAAGAGGUAGAAAUGUUAAGAGAGGGAGAUUUGGAUCAGGAAAACAAAAUGCAGGUUGAACGCAUAAUAGAAAGUGUUUUGAGGAAAUCUGUGAAGUCAAUGGAGACAAAAGAGGAUGGAGUGGAUGAAUUGGAAGAGCAGAUAAAGCAGGUGUUUUUAAAAGGCAUUUUGCCUGAAGAGGAAGAGUCCCAGAUCAAGCAGGAGAGUGAAAAAGAGAUGACAGGAGAGAGUCCGUCUGAUGAUAGCUUGAGAGAAGAGCUGUGCCAGAUAGAAAGUAAAUGGCAGGACGAGAUGGAGGAGAAGUUGAAGGCCGGAUCUCCAGACGUCACUUCGGUAGUAACACACCGGAAAGUGGAGCGUAGGAUUAAGAAGAGAGUGACUAUUGUAGAAGAUAGAGGGCAGAUGCAGGAAGAAAUUGAAGAUGUGCUUGCACUGUGUGGUUUAAUAUCAGAGGAAACGCUAGGAAAAGAGGGGACAUGGCGUAAGACCGUCAUACUGGAAGCGAAAACUGAGGGAGAAGUUCUAGAGAGGCUUCAGGCUGACAGUCCUUCUCAGAGCGCAGAUGGAGAUGAAUGGUUCAUACCUUUUGACCGACUUCCGUACAAAGCUGUUUCCAAACCACCAGUCACUCCCGUGGACCGUGCUCAGGUGGAUGAAGGUGAAUAUUUCCCUUCAGAGACUGUUGUUACGACAGUUAGGCAGAAAACUGAGAUUAUAGUCGCUGAGAGACAGACAAGUGAAGAGGAAAUGAGGCGUAUACCAGAGAUCCCCCCACCACAGACCGUCCCUGAAAGAGAUGAUGACUGGCUUUUGAUGUUGGAUGUUGUCCCCAGGGAAACACUCUAUGUUCCACCAGUGUCACCCAAAGGAAGAGACCACAUGGGCGCAGAAAGUUCUGUCUAUUUGGGUGGAACUGCGACUUAUGAGGAGAUUAGAGAAGUUGUUUCUGAGGGGAAAAAGAUAAUAGAAGUGGCGCCAAGACUUCAAGAUAUCCCACAAAAUCCAGUAAUUGCUUCCAGAGAAUCCACAUAUGUACCACCAGUUACAUUGAAGGGAAGAGACCAGAUGGGUGCAGAGAGUUUGGUCUCUCUGGGAGGAACUGCAGUCAAGGAGGAGAUUAGAGAAGUUGUUUCUGAAGAGAGAAAGAGAAUAGAGGAGGUUCCAAGACAUCUACAAGAAAUCCCACAACAGCCAGAGACACACAGAGAAGAUGACUGGUUUGUGUUGCUGAAAGUUGUUCCCAGAGAAACAUCAUAUGUUCCACCAGCUGCUGUUGCAGAAGUUGUUAAAGUGUCCCCAGAAGAACGUGUCGCUCUGGUUAAAAUAACAACUAUUGAGCGGAGUGAGAAAAAAGUUGUGGUAGAAGAAAUAAAACAAGUGUUUGGAGAAAAGCAAGUGGUAGCACUCCCACGGGCUGUGAGAGAAGUAGAAGAUGACUGGUUAGUGCUGCUGGAUGUUGCCGCUAGAGAAACAUCAUAUUAUCACAUACCAGUUACCAUGGACGUUCAGGUUUAUACUGAAGAAAGACUUUCUACUGUGGCUGAAACAAUAACAGUAGAGUCCAGGAAGGAGGUCUUUGUUAAAGAGACUGUGAUGCAGUGGGAGGACAGAGGACAGCAGGAAGUGUCCGGGCCACUCAGAGAAAGAGAUGAUGACUGGUGUAUCCUGCUGGAUGGUGUUCCCAGAGAAAGUGCCUAUGUACCUCCAGUUUCUCUGGUAGCACCAAGCUACAUUUAUCCCAGUGUUCAACCUCAACAAGUCCAAGUGAUAAGGGUAGAGCAGAUGUUGCAGCAGGUUGAUCUUGAACCGAUUAGACUGCAGCCUUCCUGGCCUCAGACGGAGAGAGAUGAUGACUUGUUUUCACUGUUUGAUGCUGUCCAUGAAAAGACAGUCAUACUACCACCAGUUGCUCCCGUUGAGAUUAUUCCGGAUAUGAGGAGGACGUUUGAGACCGAGGUGUCUACCACAAAGACUGGAACAUGGAAGAAGAUGAUAAUUGGUGUGGACAGCAGGCAAGAUGAGACACAUCUGUCUGAAAUUAAAUCGAGCCAAAUUGCACUGCCGUCAGAGAGGGAAGGAGGAGAUGAUUGGUUUGGUUUGUUCGACAUCAUCCGUGGAAAGCCUGUUGUCAUACCACCAGUUGCUGUGGUUGAGCAUGUUGUCCAAGUGGUGGCAGCCAUUGACCAAAAACCAAAAUACCUCAUGGAAGACGUGAGGCCCCCCGUGAAGUUUGUGGAGGUUAAGACGUCACAUCCGAGACGGAUUGAUGAUGAUUGGUUUGUGCAGCAAGAUGUAGCAGCAAAAGAACCAGUGACUGUGGACAAACAUUUCCACACACAUCCUGAAGUAAGACCAGCUCAAGAGUAUGCAGCCAUAGAGAAGAGAGCGGAGAAGAGUGUUACGAUAGUGGAGCAGCAGUGGCAGCUGGAGGAUGUGCUGCAGCAGGAACCGAGUGCAGCAGUGAGAGAGGUUGAAGAUGAUUGCUUUACCCUUCUGGAUGUGGCCAAGAAGAAAUCAGCUGCUGUCCCUGAGCGCUUCCAGCUCCCAGCAAAUGUGAAAGUUCCAACUGCUGGGGCCAAAACAAAGAUUGUGAUAUCCGAGAGGAGACCACAGUUUGAGCAACGGAUCCAGGAGGAAAGGCGUCCUCACACACAAACACAUGUCCACCAUGAUUGGUUUGUUCUGCUAGAUGUUGGCCUCAGAGAGUCAGUGGUGGUCCCACAGAGGGGCGCCCGUCCCGUCAGUGCUCCGGUCUUCUCCCAGGCCGCUCUGGCCGAGGCAGGGAUCCCCUUUGCCAUCCUGGAGCAGCCGCAGACCUCCACUCCACUGAAGACCAGCCUCAAGGAGGAAAGAAAGCUGGAGGUCACUAUAGAGGCGGUAGAGCCCUCAAAAAUCGAGGCUGAGGUCAAGCCAGCAGCGUGGAGGGACCAGAGAGAAGUAGACUCUUCACUGAUGGCAACCCUCAAUGGGGACAUUCAGCACGAGUCUGAGGAGACGAGCACGGAGGUGGUGCGAAUGCGAAAGAAAAGAGCUAAGAGAAUUGAGGGUGACUCAAUUUAUAUCAGACAUAGCCUUUUAAUGUUGGAGGAGUUUGAUAAGCCUCAGGAGGAUCUGAUCAAGCAUCAUGCCAGCAUCAGUGAGCUGAAGAGGACCUUCAUGGCCUCCGCCCCGGAGAGCAGGCCCAAUGAGUGGGACAAGCGUCUGUCCACACACUCUCCGUUCCGCACCCUGGGGGUCAACGGCCAGCCCGGUGCAGAUGGGAGCGUGUGCAUUAGUCUCCUUUGCAAUGGUUCAGAGACAAAGACGGCAAACGAGGAAACCAGCAGCAGUUUGGGCUUUUCCGGCAUAUCAAGUCCUACUGUGAGCCACAUGAGUGAGCCUGAUAGUGUCGAAGCCCGCGGCGUUCCAGUUGAGGAGGAGUCACAUGAUAAGGAAGUGGUUGUAGUUUUUGAAACCUCCUUGGUGCCCAUCAUAGAGGGGGAGAUGGCGCAGCUGCCUCCCUCCUUCGACCCCUGCUGUAAAGCUUUAGAAAGGAUCCUGGAGGAGGAAGGAUCAUGUCCAGAAGUGUCGGAGAGCUCUGGAAAGAUAGUUGGACGUUCCCCAGCUUCCUGUUUCAGGAGCGAUGGUCCGCAGGUCGUACACUGCUUCCAGCCCCCUCUGGUGCAGACCCAGACAGUCACCAUCACAGCUGUCUCCAACUCCUCCGCCCCUGGCAUCUCCACCACAGAGGUCCCUCUCGUCCAGACCAAGAGCUUCAUCUAUGACUCAUCAAAGGAGACAGUUGGGACGGACGAAGAAAAAGAUAGCUCAACUAUGACCACCUCUCAGACCGUUACCUCGGAGACCAGCAGCGGCACCACGGUCACCACCACUCACAUCUCAAAGGUAGUGAAAAGUGGAUCUUCAGAGACUCGGGUGGAGAAGAGAAUCGUCAUAACUGCAGAGUCUGACUUUGACCAAGAUAUGGAGAGAGACGGCGGAGCAUCAGCAUUGUAACUGAAUCACCACCUGCAUUUAUCCUUUGGCUCUUCACCUCAGACACACACCGACCGGCUCUACCUGCGCACACAUAUCCCAGGACAAUAUCUCAUAAAUAUGCACCUACCUUUAUAGAUGAAUGGGUAGAUACAUCUAAGUAGAUCCUCUUUGUUUUUCCAGUUAUAUGUAGUGGGGGGGCUGCACAGUGCUCAAGUUAGAUCUACGGCUUAUCUCAUACUGGUGUUAAAAAGCUUACUAUACAAUCUUUUAUUGGUUAAAAAAACAUCAUUUUCAGUCGAGUGAUCUCAGUUAUGUUUGCUUUUAAAUGCUUUUAUUUUCCUAGUGGUUUUUACAUGUUUUGGUUUUAUACAAAUGCACUGUUUCAAUUAUAGUAUAGACACCAUUAUCAGCAUUUAUUCCCUUGGUGAUGCUGGGGGAACGUUAAGACUACAUUCAAGGGAAUUAUUUUUGUUUACAUGUCUAUUUAAUUCAAGAGGAAGAAUUGUUUAAAACAAAAUGACGUACCUCGCAUCAAUAAGUGAGCAAAGACAUUCUGUGCUUAAAUGUGGACAGUUGUUCCCUGCUCAGUUACAAAAACAAAAAGUCAAAAGCAAGUUCUUCCCUAACCAGCCAAGAACCAGCAGCCUACACAUUAUUGUAAAGUUUUAAUCCAAAAAUUGAUCUAUUUUCAAAUAUUUCUCUAUUUUAUAGAAUUAAUGCUUUUAUAGAAUUUUUACACAUUUGAGGUUUUUAAGUUAUUCAUCCAUCUGCUCAUGGAAUCGCAGGUUACCAUUGUGCUGUUUACUGAACUUUGAGGUCUCUACUAAAGACCUGUCUUGCCUGAAUCAUUCUUAUUUGUUUCCUCUUGUGGUCCACCAAGUUUAUCAAACCUUUAACAAUAAGACAAGGGAGUGCUUCCCUCAGCCCUUUGUUUUGUUCAGUAGUAGAAAGUCAUAUUUCUUUUAAUAUAUUUGGUUGAUAAGAAACGUUUUACAAGCUUUGGUCUGUUAAUCUCAGGUUUUGAUAUUCUUUGUAAGACUACAGACCUCCAUAUGAUUGUACGAGGAAUGUCCAUAUAUGUAUAUCCAGCCAAGUGAGGUCAAUACAUGCAAAGCUGGUUUGUCCCAGUAACCACGCGAGAGGAGGUGCAGGCAGCUGUCCCAGUAUAUAUAUGUGGCUUUUCUCUUAUAGGAGCACAAGUUGUCUUUUUUACAUGUUCUACUAUACAGUAAUUUAUUUGUAAAGUAGGAACUGUUGUGUGAUUUGAUGUACUGUGAUGUUUCAACACAAGCUGUUUUCCAGGCUUUCACUAGAGAUGUCACAAUGUUAAAUAUUGCAUUAAUUAUCAACCAAGUUUGUAAAGCCUUUUUACCACAUAGUCGAAGUAGAUUACUCACACUUGCUGUUUCCUGUGCUUUUUCAUAGAAGAGAAAAUGCUUAAAAUAUAUUAAUCCCUUUUUAGAUAGCAUGUUUGUUAGCCAUUUUGUUUUCUACCCAAAAAUAAGCCAUUGGUAUUGUAGCUACAUGGACAACAACAGAAACCUCUCCUGGAAGAAAAUAGUUGUUAGACAAUGGAAAAUAUUGUUGCUUUGUGACUUAUCCCUGUCUUUUUAUGAAAUAAUAAAAUAUGCAUAAUUUAGCAUUUUA